CUUACUUCGUAAUCACUGCGUUUAAUAUGUCGUAUUGUGCUAAUUUUGACUGAAAAUAAUAGAGGUUGAAAAUGAACUCCAAUGGAGAGGAUUGCUCAGACGAGAAGGACUCAUUGUGAUUGACGUGUAUGCAAGCUGGGCAGGCCCGUGCGUAUCAAUGGUCAACAUUCUGAAACGGGUCAAAGUUGAAGUCAACGAUGAUCGUUUGUGGUAUGGAAUGGCUUGUUCGGACUCGAUCGAUGAUUUAAUGAGAUUUAAGGACCAAAGUGAACCAUGUUGGCUAUUUUGCGCUGGAGGAAAGCCUAUUCGUGUUUUAAGAGGGUCGCAUGUACCCAACCUUGUCAAUGCCAUCAAAUCUGAAUUCGCACACGAGCUUGAAUGCAUCGAAGGAAAAUCUCGACGAAAUUUCAUCUCCAUCGAUGACGAGGCCAGUAGAAAGCUCAAAAUAGAAGCAGAGGCAGCCAAAUUGGCCCAAUUUGUUGUCGAAGAAGAAGCAGCUGAAUCAUUGAAUGAGAUCCGGAGAGAGUCCAGCUUAAGUUUAAUGACCGCUCUGGAGCCAUACACAGUAGCAAUUAUCCAGCCAUUCCUCGUUGAAGAUGGCAAAGCAAAAGAAAUUGUGGAUUUCCUGGCUGGAGAUUUUAAGAUUGAGCAACAAAUAAACAUGAAAAUGACAGAAGAUUGGGCUAGAAAGCUGUACCGGAUCCCAUACGAGGUGCCUGACCCCAACCAAGAAUUUAUUGAUAUGCCGCUUCAAGGGGAUGAUGGGAAAGGUGACGAUGACGCUUCCGUAGCUGGGGGAGACGAGGACGAAGAGGGUGGUGGCAAAACCCCCAAACCUCAGGUUACGAAGAGUAGUGGAAGACCACGAAGAAAAAUGUUGGAAGUUCCGAUUCCUGAGGGACUCGUUGGAGAAUGUGUAGGAUUACUUUUGGAACACGAAGAAAUUAAGGCACUUGCUAUGAAAAAGCAAAAACCCGUCGGCACCUUAUUGGAAACUGCAGAUGACUGGAUGAGACUGAAAAUCGGUCCUUUGAAGUACACCGACGCAUUGGAAAUUGCACCAUACUCGCUUCAUGGCGUGUACGGGAAAGGAGAUCAACUCUGCGGUGUAUGGUGUCCAAGAAAAUACGAGGAUAAACGCUUUGCCAUCCUGAAUUUUUUCCCCACCUUCAUGGAAACACUUCUGCAGUACACCACUAUUGAAUCUGGGAAAUAUUCAGUCGCUAUAUUCUCAGCUAAUGUGAUGGACACGAUUAAGGACAAUGCUGAAGUACAAGCUAACAAGACUGACAUUGUGGCUGAAGGGAAAAUGAAAAUUUCUAUUCCAAUGGCAGACGAAAUGCUCAAAUCUUGGGAAGUCAAGGGGGCGGAUAUCAUGACGAAGAAAGCAAAUCUCAUAACUAAUGAAGUUUACGUGGUGAGCUUCAACCCCAAAAACACCUCAUUGAAAUCUGCCUUAGCUACAAUGGUUCCAAUGCACGUUAGCAAAGACGAGGUUUUCGGUCGAAAGGAAACAUCCAAGCUUUUCCCUGACCUCAAACUUCCGCCGGUUGAAGAAACAUUGCCGGAACAAGUGCUUGAAAAAUUCCUAGCUCGAGGUAAACCGAGAAUCCCGUCCCUGACUGCAAUGGACGACCUGGGAGAACCAGUUAUGCCGGAAGUGGCUGAAGAAGGGGAAUCUGGAGAAGGGGAGGAGGAAACAGCUGCCCCCACCACUGCAACCGGUGAAGCUCCCCCAUCCGAUGCUGCUCCUCCAAAUCCGGCCGGGGACGAGGAAAAGGAACAAGAACAUGAAAAUGUGCAAUCGCCAAAACCAGCAGAGGAAGAGGAUGACGACGAGGAGGAGGAAGAAGAUUAAAGACCUGCACCAGUUUCAGACGUUCAAAGUCAUUUCAUUUCAACAAACCUUUCCUCACUACGUGAGUAACAAAAAGACGUCAUGAUUUCGUUGGUGAAAGUGUUAAUAAAUGAAAUGUGAUGUAUGUAUGCAUACAUGUUUAUUAACAAUGUUUUAAUUUAUAAUUUCAAUGAACUUUUUCUUGAAACGCUGCGAUUACGCAAUCACCAGCGUUAAUGUUGCCGGGUGUGCGAACCGGAAUUACUGUAUAUGUAUUUACGUAUGACAAUUGAAUUUACAUACAUACCACAGAGUACAAAGGUUAUUGAGAAGGGUGCUAAUUUUUAACAUUCGGCUAGCUCGUAAUAGAAGUAUUAUUAUGUCAUAGAAUUUAAUUUAAAUAAUUAAACAAAUGCACGUGCUGGAUAACUAUCAACUAUAAAAUUCCACUAAUAAUCGUCCUACGUGCAAAUAUCAUAUCAUCACUGCUCACUUCUAGAAUGUUUUUACGUACGUAUGUACAUACGUCUAGCAUACCGCCCAUUUAACUCCAGCCCGGUUGCCAAUAUUGAUUUUCCUUGGUUUGUUUACUUCCUACACGCCGUGGUCUGGAUGAUACAAAGAUAGGCGCAAGGAGUAUUGUGCUUGAAGGUGAUCCCUCCGUAGGAUAAUAUAGACGAGAAAAUGCGACGCAUUUCGCAAGUUCACGUCGCAAAUACCGGACUGCAUAAAGGGACGCAGUCGACAGCACAACCUCAGUUCAUAAGUGAUCUAGCUUGAAUGAGGAUAUUCAGCUCAAUUGAAAUUACAUAACUUCAGUCUUCGAUAACAAUCAUCUUCACUAAAUACAUACAACAUGG